UGAUAUACAGUGUACGUACUGUGGCACAGGAGAAACUGCAAAGCUUUGUAUCAGUUGCUGCCGUUUCUGCUGCCGAUUGCAAGGUGCUGCUGCUUUUGCUGUUUUCACAGCUACGGAAACCUCAGUCGUGCUCUGGUCUGCCAACAGCCAUUUGCCUCCCUAUGGACCCACCUUCACCAGCUACAAUCUGUGGACACUCUUGCUGCCUACCUGCCUUGGACACUGCUGGUUUUUGGAUCCUUAUUGGAAACAGCAUUUUCUGGACCUUACAGCUUGUAUGACUGAAACCUGCCUUAGAGUCCUUCAGCUGCACAGUCUCCCGUGUGCUCGGUGACUCCUGCAGCAGAACUUCUGACCCAGACAAGGAUGGGAUUUACAGGGCGAAGUCAAAACUGAGCUGCAUUCAGCGAGAUGCCCAACGCCUCUUCCUGGAGUGCUAGCUCGCCUCUGCUGCUGCUCUGGGAGGACUCCUCCGGGACCCGCAUCUUUCUGUCGCUGCUCUACGCAGUCUUAGCUAUCUCAGGGACUUUAUCCAAUGUGAUGGUCAUCUAUUUAGUCUUCUCCUUCAAGAAGCUGCAGACAACCAGCAAUGCCUUCAUCGUGAACGGCUGCGCGGCAGAUCUGAGCGUGUGCGCCCUGUGGAUGCCCCAGGAGGCUGUGCUGGGGCUGCUGCCCCCCAAUUCCUCCUCCCUUCGCUCGGCGGAGUACCGGCUACUCCGAGGGGGGCUCCUGGGCCUCGGCCUCACCGUCUCCCUGGCCUCGCACCUGCUGGUGGCUUUCAACAGGUACGUGCUCAUCACCAAGCUGCCCAGCGUGUACCAGGCCCUCUACCAGCGGAGACACACGGGCUGCAUGAUCGGGCUCUCCUGGGCCCUCGCCCUGCUCCCGGUCCCGCUGCUGCCCGGGCUCUGGACCCUGGGCUCAGCCCAGUCGGACGGCAGCUCUCGCUACACCGCCCUGCUCCUCGCCCUGGCCGUGCUGGGCCAGACCGCGCUGCUGCUCCACUGCUACCUCGGCAUCGUGCGGCGGGUGCGGGGCAGCGCCAAGCGGGUCAGCGUCCUCAACUUCCACCUGCUGCACCAGCUGCCCUUCCCCGCCGCGCCGCCGCCGCCUCGCCGCGCCCAGCGCCGCCUCAGCAGCGUCUCCGUCCUGCUGCUCUGCUGCGUGUUCCUGCUGGGCACCCAGCCCCUGGUCUGGGUGAGCCUCCUGGGCUUCUUCCUGCGCCCGGCGCCGCCGGCGCUGCAGGCCGCCAGCUGGCUGCUGCUCUGCUCGCUCUCGGCCCUCAACCCGCUGCUCUACACGUGGCGCAGCGAGGAGUUCCGCCGGGCGGCCCGCUCCGUCCUGCCCCGCGGCGAGGGCCCGGCCGCCGCCCCGCGCCCCUCGGCCGCCGCCGCGGGCCCCGCCGGUGCCCCGCCCUGCCCGCAGCUGCCGCGGCGCCGGGGCACGGGGAGCAGCGCCAGCGCCGCGGCCGCGCCGCGCUGAGGGCCCGGGACAGCGCCGGGAGCCCGGGGCCGCGCGCGUGGGAACGGGCGCGGCCCCUCAGGCCGCUCCGCCACCCCCGCCGGCGGCACCGCCCGUCGGGCAGCCGAGCCGCCCGGCCCCCGGUAGCGCUUCC